CGCAUCUCUUAUCCUUCCAUUUCAUUUCAUCCCCACUGAGGAGGUUUCAGUGCAGCUGCGUGAGCUCACCCUCAGCCUCACCCUCACCCUCACCCUCACCGACAGAUAGAGAGAGAGAGAGAGCUUCAAAAUUCAUCAAUGGCGAUACUGUGCUCAUCUUCUUCUGCUUCCUCUAUGUUUGCUGCGCAGAGACCCUCUCUUGCCCCAUCUCUUUCCAGUAAAGGCACCGCCCGGGCUCCAUUUCUAUUCGCGCUGACGAAGCCAAUUGCCGCCCCUGUGAGCAGUAAGCGCGGCUGCUUCCAAGUUCGAUGCCAGAAGGACCUCUCCGUCGUCCCCCUCGACCAGAGGUGGAUGUUCGAGGAGUCCGAGAUCAAUGGCCCCGACAUUUGGAACAAGACGUGGUACCCUAAAGCUGCAGACCAUGUGAAUACCGAUAAGCCCUGGUAUAUAGUUGAUGCUUCCGACAAAAUCCUCGGCAGACUUGCCUCAACCAUCGCCAUUCAUAUCCGUGGCAAGAAUCUGGCUACAUACACUCCUAGUGUGGACAUGGGAGCUUUUGUGAUUGUGGUGAACGCUGAAAAGGUCGCUGUAUCUGGUAAGAAGAGGACCCAAAAACUUUACAGAAGGCAUUCGGGUAGACCAGGUGGUAUGAAGGUGGAAACGUUCAAUCAACUCCAACAGAGAAUCCCCGAAAGAAUUAUAGAACAUGCUGUUCGUGGCAUGCUGCCCAAAGGAAGGCUUGGAAGAGCAUUAUUCAACCACCUCAAAGUUUACAAGGGUUCAGACCAUCCCCACGAAGCCCAGAAGCCAGUUGAGCUUCCCAUCAGGGACAAGAGGAUACAGAAGCAGAGAUAAGUAGUGUUGUUAACACAUAUAAUGCAAAUACCAUGAAUAGUGUCAUCAAACCUUCUCCAGAAUUUGCGUUUCAUGGUAGCAGUGUUGGCAUUAAACCACCCCCCCCAACCACUCCCAACAUUUGACAUUCUUUAAUUUUGUUAUCAAAUUUGGCAUAUUUUUGUUGUUAAAAUGAGCUGUAGAGGUUACCUAUUUUGAAUGCAAACAGUUUCGGAAGUCGAAAGACAAAGCAUUACUGCA